UCCACGGCCACUGUUGUGUCAAUUGCGUAGCGUACCCCUGACCGCAUUUGGUUUGUACGAGGCUCGCUUCGUGCACGCGGCGACGACUCAGCGGGAUGUCGCCACGAGUGAGUCAAAGCAAGCCACGCGCCUUUGGUCGUCCUGUGGCCACUAGGCCACAGUACGGUGUAUAUAACGCAGCCACUUGCUCUUCUGGCACCCAUAUCCUCGCCUCAUUAGCACCCACCCGCUGAUUAUCUUCCAAAUCACUCACGAUGAGCACCCCUACUGCAUGUUCUUGCACUCCAGCCAUCAAGAUAGAGGCGACGGGGCGGUACAUUCUACCUCAAGCCCUCGCCGUUACACCGCAGCAGCUGGCCACCAGACUGCCAUUCGGUACAUAUUCGUCAGUAUACUUUGGGCGAAAUGGCGUCUCCAUCGACGCGAUCAUGGCGGCGCGCAAUGACAUGGCCGUGCUGGCCCACAACAUACCUGGCGGCUAUGAGAAGCCGCUCAAGUCUUCUCGGGGCAGAGACAAGACCACGAUGGAGCUCAGAGUACACUGGCCGGACCAUGAUUAUCACACGCAGGCCGCGGAUAAUUUACCUUUCUCAGCGGCGACUGCGGGAUCCUUUACCAGGGCCCAGAUUGCGGGAAGUGUGGGCAGAGUUGUGGCUGACGCGAUGUCGCGUUGCUGUCAGUACCGCCCUCGCGAGCACUGCUGCUGGGCGGUAGGCACGGACGACACACACAGCGUGACUUGGCGCUGUGUCUACUUGGUGGCCAUCCACCACAUCGGCGGCGUCACCUACCAGCCUGAGCUGCAUGUUGAUAUGUCCUUGAAGCCGCCCUUCUUCCCGGCGCUCAGCCAGACGGCUAAACAGGCUCGUCUGGCCGGCAUGAUUGCGCCAACUUGUUAUUGUACUCGGACGGACAAGGACGAGAAGUCUGGGAUGUACGUUCUGCCUCAGCGCGUUGCCGUUGUACGGAAAACCAUACUCGCCCAGUGGCCUGUAAGGACGUUCCCCUCAGUCGUCUUCGGAAGGAGCAAGCCCCUCCCCAUCCUGAUGCUUGACGCAAACUCGGCGGACGCGUUGCAGGAGAAAGUACCCAACGCUUUGGAGACGCCAUUUGAGAAGUAUUACAGUGAGCAAUUCACAAACAUCAAGAUCAAGGUCUACUGGCCUGAUCAUGACUUCCACACGGACACCACAGAAGUUGUAUCGCUCAUGGCUCAAGGCAGACAUAUCACCAAGGCUCAGCUCGCAAAGGAGGUCGCUCGCACCGUACGGCUGGCUACAAAUAGGUGUAUUCUACAUGGUCCGCAGGAUCAUUGCUGCUGGGCUGUCCUUCCCAAGGACGAUGAGACCGAUUUUGCUAAUAUUUUGCAUCGUACCUAUCUGGUUGCGUUGCACCACAUUGGUGGCGUCUCGUUCCAGCCAGAACUUCAUACCGCACCGAGAGCUACACAGAACCUCUAGCCGGCGCCAAGAAACCGGGCCUUGGUGGCUGCUCAUGGGGAGCGAAUCGAGUCCUCGCAGACUCGGAGGGGAAGCUUUGCCCAGGG